ACCGCAUUGCCACCACUUCCUCCACGACACGGCCGGUCUAAAUUGAAUUCCUCACCCUCAUACUUACAUAUCCAUCUCAGAUCCGCCUCGCUACUCUUUUCAUUCAUAUAAUGAACAAGGACGAAGCACUUCGCUGUCUUUCUAUCUCGCAAAAGCAUCUUGAAGCCGGAAAUUACACAUCUGCCCGCAAGUUCUGUCACAAGUCGAUAGCUCUCUUUGAUACAGCUGAAGCCCACAAAUUACUUGCGUCAAUAGACGCUGCAGAAGCGGAAUUGUCUACGAAUGACGAGGGGUCUUCUAGGUCCACGAAAGCGUCAACAACAGCAACAGAGGAGCAUCCUUCCGCGUCUGGGACUAAACACCGACGACAUACCACCAAAGAAUCCAAGACACAGGCGAGCUCUAAUGGAACUGCAGGCGGAUUAGGAGGCGAAAAGAGGGAGUAUACUGCUGAGCAGAUGGAAGUCGUAAGGAGAGUCAGGUCCUGUAAAGUGACAGAGUACUACGAGAUCUUGGCAGUGAAGAAGGAAUGUGACGAGGCUGACAUCAAGAAGGCUUAUCGGAAGCUUGCAUUGGCACUACACCCUGACAAGAAUGGGGCUCCAGGCGCUGAUGAAGCCUUUAAACUGGUGUCGAAAGCCUUCCAAAUUUUGUCUGACCCACAAAAACGUGCGAUUCAUGACCAGAGUGGUUCUGAUCCGGAGGAUAGGUCUGGGGGGAUGUCAUCGCGCGGAUUCUCAUCUACGUCGUUUGCUGGCGGAGGUCCUAGUUUUGAUGGCGAAAUAAGCCCGGAGGAAUUGUUCAAUAUGUUCUUUGGCGGUGGAAAUCCUACUUUUGGUGGUUUCGGAGGGGGUCCGACAGUUUUUACUUUUUCCAGUGGAGGAGGUUUUAGGUCUUUCCAGACCACCCCAAAUGGUCGACGUGAACAGGCGAAUGCAGCAAAUGUAGAACCCCGGUCAUUUGUUUUACAGCUACUUCCACUUAUCAUUCUUUUCGGUUUCUCAAUCCUUUCUUCACUUCCAAAUCUGUUCACGACACCUCCUGUGCCCGACCCGAGAUAUUCGUUCCAAUCUACAUCGCGAUAUCACACGGAAAUAUACACGUCUGGACGAGGGGUCAAAUACCACAUAAAUCCUAAUGAAGUCAUGAACCAUCCGGUAAUCGGCCCAGAGCUUCAAAGGCAAGGAAUCGACCUUAAACAGAAAAAAGUCAAGAAAGACGACAAGUUUAAACCAGGUCCAGCCUUCUCCGAGUUUGAGAAGACAAUCGAGAGGUCGUAUAUCAACGAAGUUUACAUGCUAUGUCAACGAGGUCUUGAUCGUAAGGAGCGUUUACGGGAGGCAGAAGUUGGGUUGUUUGGGAUAGGCACCGACUGGGAGAAAGUGAGGAAGAUUGAGGAAGAGGUAAUAGAGAGUUGUGUCGAGUUGGAGAAACUUGGGAUAAAAAGAUGAGUGGUUCAGUCAUUCGGGUAUAUAUAUCAUUCCUCAGCGUGCGGUAUCUUGUAAUCUUUCAUAGCGGAGGAGCAUUCCAAUAAUCG